AUGAAUUUGGUGUUGAAUGUUGAACGUCAGCGGCAAUUCGUAAUCGGUGGCGAGGCGCGCAUUGCGUCGAGCCAUGCAGACGCGCCACGUCGUUCAAAUGUUCUGUGGAGCAAAGGAUGGCCACUUACAACUCAAACAGGCCAAGUUAUUUUACAUUUGGGGCCGCUUGCUAAUGCCUUAGUGCGACCAGGCGAUCUAUAUCUGUGUGUGAAAAGUGUUGAUACAACGGAAGCUCCUAAAUUGCAUGUAGUUUGGUGCAACGCCUUAAACAGCAUACAACAACAACUGACACACGCAAGUGCAACAGGAAUUUUAGCUGCCACGGAAGCAGCAGCGUCAAUCAAAAUUCAAAGUCAUUGCAUUGAUUUCAACGCAACACCAGCACCACCAACAACAACAACAUUAGCAAUAGCUGUAGCAGCAGCGACACCAAAACCACCAACACAUUUGAGCAUAUUAACACUCGAAAUGUUGACGAGUGACGAAUUGCCACAAUUGUUGCAACAUUUGCUUGUGGGCGUUGAGCAUAGCAUCGAGCGGGUCUCGUUGAAUGAGCUGCAGAUGCCUGCCUCGCCGACGUCAAAAACAGUAGUGCCGCUGGCGGCUGAUGCGGCCAACAAUAAUAGUGUGCGCAGCAAUAACAGUGGCAGCAACCGGAACCAUAGCGGCAGCUUAGUGCGCUGUAGCAACAACAAUACGAUUACCAACUCACCAAAAUGCGCAUUACGACGCAGCGAAUUGAUUACCAAAAACAAAGUGCUUAACAAUAAAUUUAUGUUGCGACGCCUGACAAAUCGACAGGACAGCAUGAAUUCCACAUCGUCGGGACAGAGUUGUGGCAGUAGCGGAAGCACCUCCAGCGAUGAGCUAUUGCGUUGCAACACAAACCACAACAACAAUCUCAAUACUCCCGAUGCGGGCAAUGGGGUGCUAGGCAACAAUGGCUCCACGUCGGAACCAAUGAAAAUGUCUACAGGCUCCACAAAUUCAGCGACCACUUCACCGGCAUUGCCGCUCUUCUGUUUGGGGAACUCAUUUCCGCACAUCGAUAGUGACGAAGAGAAUGCCGAUGAAAGGCGUAGUGCGAACGGAGAGGAUCAAUUUGAGUGCGAAAUUGUGCCACCUGCUUCGAUCAAUGAAAUCCCUGAGAAGCUUUUAACCACAUCGGGUAUUUAUCUGCCAGGUACCAGUGAUCUUAAAGGCCAACCGAUUGUCACUGUCGAUGCGGAAUGUGUGCUUGCAGCCGGCCUGAAUUGUUACGAAAUUGCAACGGUGCUGCUCUACUACAGCACGAUACCUGAAGGAAUUUCAACUGUGAAUGCUAAUGACCGUACCACACUGCAACAGCAGCAGCAACCUUCAGUGCAACUGCAGACAGAACAGAGCCACCAGCAGUCACAACAACCAUCCAUCAGCCGUCCAUCGACACCGAAAAUGGUCAGAGCGGCAGAAGUUUUGCCAGUUUCUGGCAACUCCACAACUGUGCCAGUCACCUCAAAUGCCACAACAGACACAGCCGUUAAAUCACCCGCCCAUACGAAUGCUACAGCUAUGGCCAUAACUACUGACAGCAAUACCAGCGGCAGCGGCUACAACAAUGCUGCAACACCAACGUUCACCAUUCUAAUUGCCAUCGCAAAGUCGAGCCAAAUGUGCGUAAUCGACUUAAUUUGCCAAAGUCUACGUCUGCUGACAAGGCAAAUUGCAUAUUGCGAAAUUCUUGCAGUUUGCCUCGAACGCAACAUAUUGCAACAACAGCACUCGUAUGCAUUCAACAAUGUAGCUGUCAGCAAUAGUGGCUGCGGCGAGAACAACGAAAGUUGCAUAAAGGAACAGCAACUACAAAUGCAACCAUCACUACAACAGCAACACACGCUGAAAUUCAUUAGCGUCAAUGAAGUCACGACAAGUGUUGCACCAUCGCAAAUACCGUUCGGCAAAUUGCAAGGUUUGCAUCAUCACGACGCGCGGAAGUGGCGCGAAUUCUUCACCGCACUCGAACCCUUUCAGCGACAAUGUGCAGCAGCGGGCCAACGGCUAGUGGCCGCCAUGAGUGACAUACGCUCUGCCGACCUGCAAGGGUUGCCGACACGACGCCAACUAUACGCGCAACAUCGGGCGUUAAGUCGCGCGCUCAUGGAUUCUGAGUUGCAUAAUUUGCGCAAGCGGGGCGCACUGCAAUUGGCACGUCUACAGGAGCUGGCCAAAUGCUUUGUAGCAACGACAACGGCGACAAUGACAAGUAGCAGCAAUGGUGAAAAUAAUCAUAAUCAUAAUGGCAAAAUCAACUCAAAUGGCAGCGGCAGCAACAACAAUAACAAUAAUAACAACACUCGUUAUUACUAUGGCAGCAGCAACGGCUGUAGUGGCGGCGGCAAUAGCAAUCGGCCCAGCAAUAGUGGCAGCAAACUAUUGUCCACCAUUUCAUCCAUCAGCCACCUGGGAUUCGGUGGCAGUUAUAGCUUUACCAUGUCGCACCAGCAGCAACAGCAACAGCAUCAACAACACAACCAAAUCAACCAGUCACAAAAUUGUCCCGCUGUGUCAAAGUAUAGCGCAGUGACGUCAUGUGAUGGCAGCAACACUGCCACAGUAGCAGCCACAAUAACGGUAGCUAAUGCAGUAGGAGGCGAUUGCAGUAGCAGUGUCGGCAACAUGGAUGUGGCAAUUAGACUACACAAGGUGACAUUACUAUUCAAUGAGGUCGAUCGCGCGGCCAAACGUCUGGAACAGCUCACGGAGCAACGUCGUGAGCGAUUGCGUGAGUUGACGCGUCAGCGAGCGUUGGAGGAUGAAAUAAACGAGGUAACAUCUUGGAUUACCAGCGAUGGCAAUGCCACUCUUCAACGUUUUGCCAACCUACAGAUGGAUUAUGAAACCGCCAUAAAAGAGCAAGAGCAGGAGUUUGAAAAAUAUUACUUUAUUUCAAUGAAACACUUGGCCAAGGGACGCGAUUUGCACGAUGCAGCUGUAAAUAUUGAAGCGUUGCAUGAGAGUGCCAUCAAUCUGAAAUCAGCACUGGACUGCUUCGCGGAAAAGUUAGAGCUGGCGCGUGAACGCAUAGAGGCAGCAUCCAGGCUGCAACACCUGCUGGUGGCGCAAAAUCUCGAAGAACACAUGCAACAGGAAAUCCAACGUCUAGCCGAGGUUGCUGGCGCCACCGUACUGUUAGAAAAAUAUCGCCAAAAACAGCAGCAUUCGCGACAAGAAAACAACACCAAAGAACUAAAAACGCCAGAGCAAUUGGAAACAACAGAAACUACAUUUCAAACACGCAGCCAAGUUGCGUGCAGUGACCCUCCAGCCAACACAAAACCAAAUAGUUUAAACCUCAGCAGUUGUCGCAACAGUACUAUCAACCACAUCGGCAUAAGUUUGACCAAACCGCAACAGCUGCAACAACAACUACAACAUGUGGCCGUUAUUACCAGCACACCAGUGCCACGCAUGAAUCGCUUAAGCCACCGCUCCAGUUCAGGCAUAGGUUCGUUCGAUGGGCAAACGUGCCAUUGUUGGCGCGAAAGUCGUAAUAUGGAGGAUAUGGACGAAUUAAUAGACGUGGACGGUGAGCAAUUGGAGCUAGAAGAUGGUGAGGAAGAGCAAUCUAAAAUUGCCGAUUCUGGUGUGGGCGGUUGUGAACGUUGCGAAGGAAAUCCAAAGUUGACACGAGUCUGUUCGUGCCAGAGCCUCAAUGAGGCGUCAAAUCUGUAUAGUAAAAGUCAAAACAGCAAUGAACUGGACUUUGAAUGUUAUGAACGUCCGAUUAAACGUUACGCUGAUAUACACUCACCAAUGGAGGCAAAUGCUCAUCUGCAAUACCACGCCUCAAGUUUGGAAUUGUCGAAGUUGGAAGAACUCAGUUGUUUGGAUCCGAAAAUACAAAAAACGCUUCUAUUGAUCAUGCGUGAAAUGAUUGGCACGGAACGCGACUAUGUACACUCGUUGAACUAUGUCAUUGAAAACUAUGUUGACGAGUUGUUGCGCGAAGACAUACCACAGCCGUUACGCGGCCAGCGUAAUGUCAUUUUCGGCAACAUUGAGAAGAUCUUCGAAUUCCACAAAUGGCAUUUUCUCAAUGAACUGGAACGUUAUGAACGUAAUCCGUUGAAAGUUGGCAGCGCCUUCUUGGAAAUGGAAUCGAAAUUUUAUUUGUAUGCACUUUACAAUAAAAACAAACCAAAAAGUGAUACUUUGAUGAGCGAAUAUGGUACGGCAUUCUUCAAGUCCAAACAGUUCGAACUGAAUGACAAAAUGGACUUGGCCUCGUAUUUGCUGAAACCCGUGCAACGAAUGGGAAAAUAUGCUUUGCUUUUGCAGCAAUUGGUGAAAGCGUGCAAUGCUGUGGAGGGCGCUGCACUACAAGAAAUCGCCGCCGAUGUCGAAGAGCUGCAACGCGCUGAGGAAAUGGUCAAAUUUCAACUGCGUCAUGGCAACGAUUUACUAGCUAUGGACUCGCUACGGGAUUGUGAUGUUAAUGUGAAGGAGCAAGGUCGUCUGAUGAGACAAAACGAAUUUUUGGUAUGGCAAGGCCGUGGCGGUAAGAAGUCGCUGCGACAAAUAUUCCUUUUCGAGGAUCUUGUGCUAUUUAGUAAAGCACGUCGAUUUCCAGAUCAGAAGAACUUGGACAUUUACAUCUAUAAGAACAGCAUUAAGACAUCGGACAUAGGUUUAACGGCGCAUGUUGGUGAUUCCAAAACCAAAUUUGAAAUUUGGUUCCGAAAACGUAAACCAGAAGACACUUGGACGCUGCAGUGCAUGUCGGAGGACAUUAAAAAUGCUUGGACCGAGGAGAUAUCGAAACUUUUAUGGAAACAAGCGAAUCGAAAUCGAGAAAUUCGCCUUGCUGAAAUGUCCUCGAUGGGCAUCGGCAGCAAACCCUGCCUGGACAUACGGCCGAGCAACAAUCAAAUUAAUGAUCGCUCCAUUACGAUAUCACAACUGGGCAAAGCGCCGAAAUUACGUCACUCAUUCGCCGGCAUGCAUUUGGAUGGCACAAAGAGCGCACGCCGUCCCAAUUCGCUAAUCUCCGAGAGUUCACUAUCGAGUGGCACAAGCAGCUCCUCGCUCAGCACAGGGAGCUCCUCAGGACAUGAGCGUGUGGCUAGCACCUGUAAUGGCAAGUCAACGCCUGGUACAAUAAAUAGCCAUCACGCGCUCGAACUAAUCAAUGAGACACAAACAUUAAUGCUCAGCAGCGGUGCAACUGCGAAUGGUGGUGCCGGUGCCACUAAUACCAAUACGCUGAGUAGUAGCGGCAGUAGUGGCCGGAGUGGUCACAGUGGCAGUGGAAAUGGUGGCCUGAGUGGCGCUAGCAAUGGUGGCACAACGCGCUCCAAACGCUCAACGACGUUCGUCAGCCAACUAUCGAUGGAGAGCGGCAUUCUAUCCGACAUAUCAAUGACGCCGGAUCAGGAGCAAUCGGACGCGACAUGCAGCUGGUUGAAUGCUGCUACUGUGGCAACAACAACCCAAUUGCCUUCACCAAACGCCACCAGCACAACAGCCACCAUCGGUAACAGCACAGUGAUCAUGCGGCGCCAACGUUUCCAACACCAGAAACAACAUGAAAAACAUAAAGAACUUCAACACCUACAAUCGGCUCCAAUAACAUUGCAGGAACGCAGUAGCAUUGGUGGCCAGAGCAACCCAUACCUGAAGGAAUUCAAAGCGGAUAGCGUAAAUCUGUAGUAGCUUGGCAGGGCAAAGAGCGUAGCCGAAAUAUGAGCAGCACAUAGUACCGUAUAUAAGCAAAGCGAAACAAGAGAGAACUUAGUAAUAAUAUUCUAAAUAAUAAAUAUAGCGAAAUACGAUAUUUAUAUGUUAGGUGUUUGUAUGUGUACCCGCAAUGAAAUAAGAAUUCCCAUACUUCAUAUUCACAAAAUCACUUGCGCUUACAGAAAUAUUUAAAAUAAGAUUUUUUUAUUUGUUGCUAAUUUGUUAUAUAAAUGCCUUUUUUAAUGUUACGUACAAGUUUUUACUCUAAGCCAUAGUGAAGUACAUAAGGGCAUAAGUUGUUAGCCAAUCGCUGAAAAAAAAACAUAUUAUUUUUUUAUAUAAAAAAGUAACAAAUGCAUUUUCUAAUAUUAUAUUAACUGCAAGAGCAGCGCAAUCGCAACAAGCUUAAAAACGAAACUCCUCUUAAAUCAUUCGCGAGUAUCAUUUUUAGCCAAUGCUGAGCGCAUUUCGCCACGCAGACAUACAUACAUAUAUACUUAAAAAUACACAUCAGCUGAUCAGAAAUUUAUUUUUCUAUGUAUGUAGGCAUGUAAUUAUUAAAUUGUGCCUGUCGAUUGCCUAAAUGCUAAAUUACCUAAGUUAAAUUCUCUUUCGAUGUGUCAAUUUUCCAUUAGCAAAAUAUAAGAGAAUCUAAAUUCUGUUAUAAUUUGAAGUUUUAAUUUUAUUAGUAUUUGUUUAAGCUUUAAUAUUUACACAAAUAUGUUAAUGCAAAAUAAUAAUAAUAAUAAUAAUUGGCGCGUACACUUCUGUUAGGCGUUUGGCCGAGCUCCUCCUCCUAUUUGUGGUGUGCGUGUAGAUGUUGUUCCACAAAUGGAGGGACCUACAGUUUCAAGCCGACUCCGAACGGCAGAUAUUUUUAUGAGGAGCUUUUUCAUGGCAGAAAUACACUCGGAGGUUUGCCAUUGCCUGCCGAGGGGCGACCGCUAUUAGAAAAAUGUUUUUUUUAUUAAUUUUGCUUUCACCGAGAUUCGAACCGACGUCUCUCUGUGAAUUCCGAAUGGUAAUCACGCACCAACCCAUUCGGCUACGGCGGCCGCCAAAAUACCCACAAAAAAUUAAUAAUUAUUCUUCAAUCAAUUCAAUCAUUCGGCUUCAUUAGCUUAGUCACAUUUCUGUAUCACAAAUUGAAUUUUUAAUUUUAUAAUUUAUGAAUUUUUUAAUUAGUAUAUUUUAUGAUACACUUAUGUUAUAACCUAAGCGUAUUUGAUGUUAUUAUCACAUUGAAGAGUGUGUAACAUUUGAAGUAAAUAUUUGAAAUUUAAUUAUAAAAUAUUAAUAUAUAUUGUAUAUGUACGAGUAUGUGUGCAUUGUACCACUAUACGCAUUGAAGUAUGUAUGUACAUACACAUAUAUAUUUACGAAAACAACAAAUUGCAUGUUCAGCAAAAGAAAAAGUAAUAAAAACAAAUAUAAAAUGAAUGAA